AUGCCCGCCGACCUGUCGACCCUUCCGCCGGAGCAGCAGCAGGCCGUCCUCGACGGACCGGCGCUGCAGGCUCCUCCGGGCGUCCAGCCCAACUUGCAGCAUGCUCCCAACCACAACGCCAUCCCGGAGGCCGUCAUCCCCAUCUGCCUGGUUCUCGUCGCACUCGCCAUCCUCCUGCGGAACUAUGCGAGAGCCUUUAUCGCCAAGAAGGUAGACGUGGACGAUGUCCUCAGCCUACUAGGCUUCGUGAGCCCUGCAUGCCGCAGUGCUCCUUGCUUUUUAGAAGCCACUGAUGAAUCCAUCCUAGGGCACCUACAUCUUCUACGUCUACAGCGUCUACCACGUCACUCACACGGUGGGCUUCUUCGUACACCAAUGGAACAUUACGCUCCGCAGCGCGCAAAACGUGCAAAAGACGCUCCAGAUAGCUGCCACCUGCUACACCAUCACGCUGGCCCUCGUCAAGGCCGCCAUUCUCCUGCAGUGGAUUCGCAUAUUCGCCCCCCGCGCCACUCGCGGGGCCUUUUUCGUAAGAUUGAUCCGGAAAAAAAAACACGCCCGCUGAUCAUGAACCCCCCCCCCUUGACAAACCGGCUGAGACGCUUCGCGACGCAGUGGACGUGCCACGCGAUCCUGUGGACCAACCUCCUCUUCUACCUGUCCACCACCGUCGCCGGCAACCUCAUCUGCGUCCCCUUCCAGCGGAUAUGGGACAAGACCGUCCCGGGCGUGUGCUACAACGGCAGGACGCUCAACAUGACCAUCGGGGCGUUCAACCUCGCCUCCGACAUCUGCAUCCUGCUGCUCCCGCAGCGCGUCAUCUGGCGCCUCAACAUGUCGUUUAGGAAGAAGCUCGGUAUAGCGUUGACCUUUGCCGUCGGCCUGCUGGCCUGUGCUGCCGCCGCCCUGCGCCUGGGCAUGACGGUCAGCUACAUGACCGACCCGGACUGGCUGUACCACGUGGCCAGCCUGUCCAUGAGCUGCAUCGCGGAAAUGACGUGCAUCCUGCUGGUCUACAACAUGCCCGGCAUACCCAUGGCCGUCCGGGAGUCGCGUCUGCUGUCGAGGAUCUUUUCCUCGCUGGCGUCGUCGCGGCGCACCAAGAUCGGCUCCGGGGCCUCUGGCGCCGCGGCGGGCCAGGACGCCGAAAAGGCCGGCAAGGUGCCGUUCCGUGGCCGGCCGUGA